AUGCUGGUGUCACCGGCGAGAGGAGAGCGGAUGAGGGAGACCGGGACUUGGCGUGCGGACGGAGCCUUAAAACAGUGGCGUUCAUCCUACGAUACUGACGAGGGAUUCCAGAUAUACUGCAAAAUCAGCGUGUGUCACUUUUAUGUAUAAUACUAUAUUUCUCACGGACCUAUAUUAAUUAUAAUAAACCAGCGAUGGCGUUGAAAAGAAUUCAAAAGGAACUGACAGAUUUACAGAGAGAUCCUCCAGCACAGUGUUCAGCGGGACCAGUCGGCGAUGAUUUAUUUCACUGGCAAGCAACAAUCAUGGGGCCGAAUGACAGCCCGUACCAAGGGGGGGUCUUUUUUCUGACCAUCCAUUUCCCCACUGAUUAUCCCUUCAAACCACCAAAGGUUGCGUUCACCACAAAGAUCUACCACCCGAAUAUCAACAGCAACGGCAGCAUCUGCUUGGAUAUUUUGAGGUCACAGUGGUCACCUGCUCUCACGGUUUCCAAAGUUCUACUGUCCAUCUGUUCCUUAUUGUGUGAUCCAAACCCCGAUGACCCCCUGGUACCAGAGAUCGCACACACCUACAAAGUGGACAGGGAAAAGUAUAACAGACUUGCCAGGGAAUGGACGCAGAAGUAUGCAAUGUGAAGCUUUUGAAAACUGCAAAAAAAAAAAAGAAAAAAAAAGAAAAGAAAAACAUACAUACACAUACAGGAAAACAAAAACAUUUUGCUUGACAUGAGCGUGAGUGUUGGGGAGGGGGAGGGGACAAGUGAACUGCAUCACCAGAUUGAAGACGGACAAAGAGAGAGACGCAGUCUGACUGGAGCGCGCCAUUGGCCGUGAGCCACGGGGGUCAGAGGUGCUGGGCUGGACGGCCGCUGCCCAGUGUCGCUGUGGAGAAGGAACAGGCCUCAUCUCUAAGCGUGCCCGGCCGGCGCCCUGCUUUCAGGGACUAUCUUUUACUACUACUGCUACCCUUCCUCUACUAUUCUACUAGUAUCACUAUCAUCAACAUAAUGACCCAUGGUUACUGUUUUUUAUUAUUGCUAUUAUUAUUAUUGUUGUUGUCGGUGUAAUGAAGAUUAUGCUACUGAAUGCUGAAUAUUGGGUUGAGAAGUUGAGUCUCCGAGGCUAAACACUCCUUUGACACGGUACUUUCUGAGCCCCCCCUCCGAAUGUCUUGUGUUUCUGUACGCAUAAGAGUGCAGUGGCCGUUUGCCGUAUUAACCUUGUUAACCUUCUCCCGGGCCCCGUUCUGUCGAGAAGAAUCAAAGUACGGAGAGAUUCAAUCAUGGUCAGCUAUGGCAAUUUUCCUUUUAAAUUUUUAAUUUGAAGGGUAUUUUGAGGCAGAAUUCUGUGGACCUUCCUAUGUACGCUUGUACGUAGGUGGACCUCACGGGGGGGUUGUGCUGUGACAGAUGUGUGUUUUUUUUUUUUCUCCCCAAGUGAGGCACAAUCAGGGUUGGUCUUCGACUAUGAACAAAAAAAUGGAGGACAGGCUGCGUCCCAGCGCAGAAGACACUUUCUAUCUUGUCUCCCUUCUGCCACGAAAGAAUCAUCUAAGUUUCUAGUUGCAGUGUGUCUCUGUGACCUUAGUCCUGGUAGAGGGGAAGAAACACUACUUAAGGUGUAACUGGAUCCAGUGCAGCAGUGCUCAGCACAGCCUUAAAGGGGGCAGCUUCCUGGCUACUGGCUGCCAGGCUUUGCCCAUCACUAAGACUGAGAAGCUGGCACACAACUGUUAAAUACAUACUUUAUUCCCGACCUCUCCUUUGGUGUGAGACGCAGACCUGUGUUGCAUGGCAUGCAGAGGUGCUGGUUCAUUUCAAAAGUAUUCUGAAAUACUGCAGCUGUAUUCAAGUAGUGUGUGCAGGGACCCAGCUCUGGGAGGGGACCCCUUUUCAGCCUCUCUGUUCCCACUCUGCAGAUCCUGGUGUAUGUGUGUGUUACACUUGUGGAGUUUAUGGACAUUUAUGAUGUCCUAAAAGUCAGCUGUCCAUGUACUGUUUUAUCCUGCUUUGCGAAGACCUUGAAGAAACUGGAAAAAGAAACACUCUAACAAGGCUUUAAUUUUGUUUUCUGAACAAUUUGAAGUGUAAUGGUUUUCUCCUUUCCGGUCUGAAGCUUGAUCAAAGACUUGGGCCAGACCUUUUUACACUAAAAUUCAGUAUUCUUUUUUUUUUUAAUUAGUUAACUGUUCCACUCUGGAGCUGAUCUAGCAUUUUAUCAUUCUUGCGUUUAGUUCUGUCCCUUAUUUUUGCAAAGAAAUCACUGGGUGUAGUGCUGAACUCAGGGUUGAAAUUUAACGUGGAACAAUGUUCUAUCCCUUUAAAAGGUUAAUGCAAUUAUUGAUGGGCUACAAAAAGGUUUUUUGACAUAUUAAACUGCAAGAUUUUCAAGCACAUUUUGAAAAGCGAAUAGCCUAUUUUAAAACAAAAUUGACUAUUAUAUGAGUAUUGGUGAAAAAAUUAUACUUAAGUGUAAUUAAUGUAGAAACAAUGAGUGGUCUAGGCAUAUAUAUUCACCUUAAAUUUCGACGAAACCCACUUAAACGGUUUUGACACUGAUAGUCUGCAAAGGUGUACCUAAGCAAUACAAACUAGAUGUCUACUGGUUUUAAGUGUUAACUCAUGAAUGUAAUACACUAGUUUUCAGAAAGUAUUCAAGCUAAAUUCCUGGAAAUGUGAUUGAUCUGCCCCUACUUCUUUCAAAUGAGUGCCCGAUUGUACUACUUAAACAAAACUGGUGCUACUGUUCUGUUAUCUCAAGCUCUUUUUUUGUCAGUCUGUUUGCCACUGUGGUUGGUUUCAGGUCUUUUGACAUUGGGACAUCUAUUUUCUCAAUAAAAGUCAAAAUGAGACUAA